GCUUAGAUACACUAUGUAACUCCAGGCGAUGACUACUAACCACCAACCACAAGAGCGGAACACGGUCUCGUGCAAGCCCAGCCGGGCUCUCCUCUUCAAUGCCCGGUUUUGCGAUAUUGCCUUGCAGCUCAAAAGGUCGGCUCGGUCUCGUCCUCCGUCUGCUGUCUGCUGUCGAGGAAGCUUCAGCUCACAGGGGAGAGCACAAUUGCGUGGAAACGACCCAUCUGGUGCCCACAAGGGUUCCCGACUUCCACGAGACUCGUUUGGUGUGCAACGGGGGAAGACCCUCUCGUGAUCGACCUCACCGACGAACGCCAAGCAUCCAGGGCCCGCCUGCUGCCGUUGUCCUCGAGUCUCCUACGUUUUCGCGCGUCACGAAUAUACUCAGCACACGCGGACAUCACAAGCAUAAGAUCUGAGCACGAUUGAAGCAAAUAGUCUUGUUUGAAACCGGCCUCUGUACUCCGUCAAAAGAAAAGAAGAAAAGCUGUCGGGGUAUAGUGUUGA